AUGAACGACUUGGCUCCAGAUUUCGACGUCGAAAACGAUCUCUUCAGUUUUGAAACUGAUCAUUUAGCUUUAAAAGGUAACGAAGACUAUGGGGAAGUACUGAAGACCCUUUUGAUAAUGUCAGCGCACCGUGACAGAGCCCUUAGGGAUUACAAAAAAGUAGCACAAUUGAAAACUGAAGCACUCGAAGACCCUUUUGGUACUUUAGAAAAGAUCAAAAAUGGUGAAGACUUAGGUGUACCACCCUUGUUAGAAUUCCCAAAGCUACCUAAAAUUGAUUUGAAAAAAUACAACGUUAAAGUACCUGAAAAUGACUUGAUGGAAAUUUACUCUGAAGGUGUGCAACACACUGAAGUGAAACAAGAAAGAAAGAUUGAUAAUUCUAAUGGGGGCAGUUGGACUCCAGAAGAGCAAAAACGUCUAGAAGAAUUAUUGCAGAUUUAUCCGCCUGAGCCUAUUGAAAUGAAACGCUUUGCCAAAAUCGCUAAAGCUUUAGGUACCAGAACUCCACAUCAAGUUGCAAGUAGACUACAAAAAUAUUUUCUCAAACUGUACAAAGCUGGUCUUCCUAUCCCAGGCAGAGUACCUAAAUCAGCUGAAAAAUAUAGAAAACAACCAUUUCACAAACACCAAAGGCACAAUCACUAUUUGUACAAGCCUACCAACUUUUUCCCUCAACUUUCAAUUCCUGUUCAAAUGGAUGACUUAAAUAAAAUUCCCGGGCCUAGUGAAUUAUGUACUAAAACCUCGAAGGAAGAAACAGAUAAUUAUCUUAUACCAAAUAACUACUACAAUCACGGUUCCCCUUUACCAGAACCCACACCGGAAGAUAUUCCAGAAUUGAAACUAAAACUCCUAAAAAGAGUAAAAGAAAUCAAAAUCAAAGAACAAGAAGACAAUUUUGUACCAUUUAAUCACACUGGAUUUAAGUGUGAUUAUUGCGACGAAUCUCCUAUAAAAGGACACAGAUGGUUCUGUGUAGUUUGUCCAGAUUCUGUUGACUUCUGCACUGAUUGUGUAAUAUCGCAGUUGUACUCCGAAAACCCACAUCCCUUAAAUCAUUGGUUGACUGCGCAGCAAGACGAUGUGGAACAUCAAAGUUUGCUGCAAGGAUUCUCAGAACCUUCUCAGGAGUUUGACAAACAAAUUAAUGAGGAAUUGAAAAGUAGGAAUUUCAAUAUUGAUAGUGAAGAUGAUGAUGAAUUUUGA